GCGUGAACUGGGGAACCAUAAUGUCCCACCCCUUGCUCCCCACCACCGUCGUCCAGAUGAUCAAGUCCAACGGGAUCACGAAGGUCAAGCUGUUCGACGCCGACUCCUGGACGGUCAGUGCCUUCGCCGGGACCGGGAUCGAGCUCAUGCUCGCCAUCCCCAACGAUAUGCUUAAGCGUAUCAGCAGCGACUACAGCCACGCCCAAGAUUGGGUGAAGGAGAACGUCACCAAGCACGAUUACGACGGAGGAGUCAACAUCAAGUAUGUUGCCGUAGGCAAUGAACCUUUCCUAAGUAGCUACAAUGGCUCCUUCAUGAAGACCACAUUCCCUGCGCUCAAGAACAUCCAGAAGGCGCUCGACGAAGCCGGCGUCGGAAACCGAAUCAAGGCCACUGUCCCCUUGAAUGCCGACGUCUACAACUCCCCGGAAAGCAACCCGGUGCCGUCCGCAGGAGACUUCCGCGGCGACAUCCACAGCCUCAUGGUCGACAUGGUGCGCUUCAUGCACUCCAAUGGUGCUCCUUUCGUCGUCAACAUCUACCCUUUCCUCAGCCUCUACCAGAACCCGGACUUCCCAAUCGACUUUGCCUUCUUCGACGGCGGAGGGCGCAACCUAAACGACAAGGGCCACCAGUACACUAACGUGUUCGACGCUAACUACGACACGCUGGUGUGGUCGCUGAAGAAGGCCGGCGUGUCCGACAUGAAGAUCAUAGUCGGGGAGGUCGGCUGGCCGACCGACGGCGACAAGAACGCCAACACCGAAAACGCGAAGAGGUUUUACGACGGAUUCUUGAAGAAGAUGGGGCAAAACGAGGGGACGCCGAUGAGGCCCGGGCACAUGGAUGUCUACCUGUUCGGCCUGAUCGACGAGGACAUGAAGAGCGUUCUGCCGGGCAACUUCGAGCGGCACUGGGGGAUCUUCACCUACGACUGCAGACCCAAGUUCCCGAUGGACCUCUCCGGCAAGGGGAAUGACAAGUACUUGAAGCGCGCGACCGGCGUGCAGUACUUGCCGGAACAAUGGUGCGUUCUAAACCCAGACGUGAAGCAGCUGAGCGCGAUGGGGCCCAACUUGGACUACGCCUGCUCCCUGUCCGACUGCACCGCGCUGGGCUACGGCUCCUCCUGCAACGACUUGGACCGCGGCGGCAACGCCUCUUAUGCCUUCAACAUGUACUUCCAGAUGCAGGACCAGGACGUGAGGGCGUGCAACUUCGAGGGUCUUGCGGUCAUCACCACCAAGAACGCGUCGCGCAACGGCUGCCUGUUCCCGGUGCAGAUCGUCAGCGCCGCCCCUCCGGCUGCCGUCGCCACCGCCCGAGCGCUGCUGGUGGCAGGAAUUGCCGCAAUUCUGCUUUUGUGA